CUCAUUCUGAAGCUGCUUGCAUGGCUGUUGUGUAACAAACAGACGUGCCAGGCGGUAGGUUGGUAGGUAGGCAAUCGUGUUUAUCCGAUGGUGAAAAAAAUCAGAGGGGAGGGAGCGAUGUGGAUAGAGAUGGAGCAGUCGGAGGGGGCGUACAUCUUAGUGGCUCAUGGUUAGAGAGCUGGCAGUGGUACAGGGCUGUACGCAACCUCUCUGUAUGUCGACACAGGACCGAUCUCACCCCUACACCGGCUGUCGUAUCUUGCGGCGUGUAGCUGUAUGAUACACCGUCACUAUCCUCUAUUCACUGUCUACAUGAUACGUCCUAGUCCCGAUAUUCUGCCGCAGAGGACGCCAUCGGAGAGGAGCCACACAGACCUGCAGGUUCAUAGUGAAAGGAUGGUGUGACCAACAUACAGUCAGAGGGACCAGUCACCUGCUCACCCUUCAGAGGCCGACCAUGGCUCCCACUUCUCCUCUCGUCCUCGGCCUCCUCCUCUACCUCCUUAGUCCUUCAGAUGCCCAAACUGUCAUUGGUGUUUCCUCCUUUUUCUCUUCUCUGGACGAACCUCGUAAUUCUGCACCUCAUCCGACCAAGCAGACUGUUCGAUUCUGGCCUUCGUUACCUUCUAGAGGGCGUACCGAUGUGCCUGUCAGAGCUACAGGCAGGGAUAGGCUGGUUAAUGCGAAUACACUUCAACCAGGGCACAGAAUUACCCGUCCUACUGUGCAACCGACUUCCUCUUUUAUAUCUGCCCUGUCCACUCAGAACCUCAGCAGCGGGCCGAUCCUAACUCAGCCGACUGCCUCUAGGCCUAGGACUGACACAGCUAGCCUAGCAUUCAGCAGGGCUUAUGUUAAAGGAGAUGCCACCACAAAAGGCUUCAGCCCACUUCUGCCCACUCUGCCCUCCUCUGCUGUCGCUGAGAAUUCUGUUGAUAAGCCAACGACACACAGAAAUCCAGAGGAAGAAUCAAUUAAAGGAACCGAGGAUGUUGAUUUGCAGGGAUUGGGAUCAGGUGGCAUUCGAACAGAAACGGAGGAAUCGCCUGUUCCUCUGCCAACACUAGGAAAUGAACUGGCACAGUAUCAUCCACGGGCGCAAACCGCAACAUCUGAUGGCCUUUCACCUAAAAUUACAAAUGUAAAGACGUUACAACCAGAUAGUCAGACUGUGAAGCCUCCUGUGUUUGUCCUCACAACAGCUGCUAGGAUUUCUACCAUGACACAGACAGAAACAAGCACCACACCAUUAGCUGUGGUAACGCAAGCAACACCUCGGACUAUUGCAUUAACAGGUGAAUUGACUGCGAAUACUCCCUCCGCUCCGAAGCAAGCAGGAACAUUACCCCAGCUCACAACCACCACCACCACCACCACCACCAGCAGCAGUGAUAAACGGCGGGAGACCACAGGACUGCAAGUCAACAACCAAAGCAGCUCUAAGUUAAACAUCACAACACAAGAAGUGACCACCACAGUCCCAACUGCUGUGCCUACUACGCAGGAGCCUGUUAAAACACUGGCCAAAACAACAAAUAACCUCAACAAAAUAGCAGAACAAGGUCAAGGUGCAUCUACCACGACUGUGCAACUAACAAGGACAGGAACCUCUACUUUCCUUACGACUGGUGUUAUUGCUGUCACUCGAUCAAGAUUUGCACCCACGUAUCAGACUGCUAUUAGUCAAAGGAACCGCUCCAUUCUCCUGGGACAUCCUCACCAAGCUCCACACUCUACUUAUAAUCCAGUCCCCUCUCCCAGUGUCCAUCCCUCCCCUAAUGCCACCCUUCUCUACUGGGGUGACUUGAGCCGCACACUGGCUUUUGCCUGGGAACUGCAUGUAUAUGGCUCAGCUAGCCUCUUCCUCCUCCUGUUUGCAGGUGCUGCUCUUGGCCUCACCCUGUCCCCUGGUAUGAACUGUCCUCAUAGGGGUGCUCUGGCACUUGCCAAUGCUCUCCUGUUUGUGGCCGGAGGAAUUAGAGCAGCCUUAUUUUUGAUUGACCCUUAUGGCACACGUAAAUUUCUCCCUCGCCCUGCUGUCACAGCCCUCUACAACUUGCCUUUACACCUGCUGGUCUGGACUCAAGCUGCCCUGGCAUUACUGGCUAUGAGGGUGGCAGGAGUAAGUCUGUUCCCCUCAACUUUGGAGCGCCCUCCUUUGGUGGCCGUCUUGGCUGUGUUGCAGUGUACCCUCCUGCUGGCAGCUGAUCUGCUUUCCCCGGCUCUGUCGCCUGUGGUGCCUGUCACUCUGCAGGUGCUGUCUUUGUGCUGGGGUCUGGCUCUCUGUCUGUGCUUCCUCUGCUAUGUAUUUCCACGUAUACGGUGCCCUUCUGUUCCUCACCCUGGUCUACCCGAGGAGGCCAGAAGAAAGGUUUGGACCGGGAGCAGAAGGAUAGCAGUGAUACUGGGGAGAGUGUUAGCAGUGUGUGCAGUUCUAGGGGCUCUGUGCUGUGGGCUGCAUGUCCAUGCAACACUGUGGCUCUAUGGACUACUGGGGGACUGGACACGCUUCAACUGGGGAUGGUGGUUGGUGCACUUCUGGGCCCGUCUUCUGGAGCUAGCCUGGGGAUUCUCUCUCCUUCUCCUGGCUUCUUGGGUGUUCUGGAGGCCUGAAGGCUGCCGAGGACGGGAUGACAGUGGGGCAGGUGAUGGCAGAGCAGCAGGAGACCUGCCCUCCCCUGGGCAGUCGGGAAGCUCCACACAGAGACAUACCUGCUGGUCCAAGAUAGUUCAAAGUCUUAGAGGGAAGCCCUGUAGAAAGUCUGAUAGCAACGGCAUGGGGGGAGGUGGAGGACCAGGGGAGUUACCCAACAACUGGGCUGGACAGGACCGUUCUGGGGCUGACAUCAGCAAAAGCCUCAUCAGGAACCAGAACCAUGACCAGCCUGUCGCUCAGUCACGGUGUGUGAAAGACAACAACCGGGGACGCAACCACAGGGGUCACUCUGCAGAACGAGGUGUAGGUCUAUCUGAUGGUUCCACAGGUUCCCUGCUGAGGUUACAGACAUUUGGUCGGCCUCCACAUCGCUCAGUGAGUGGGAGUCUGGAUCAGGACAGGGACACAUCUGUGUCUCUGUAUGAGUUUGAUCUGCGGCCCCCCUCUCCCAUUGACCUGACACGCAGCAUUGACGAAGCCUUGCACAGGGAACACUUGCUUGAAGGGGGAAGCUUGUUUCAUCCUAUGAACCAAAUCUCACUUUCCCCCUCCCCAGGAUCGGGGGUCAGCCAGGGGCCCUGGCUCCGAAGGAACAGUGAUCCUCAACUGCUCUCAGAGAGCAGCGAGGCCCCAACAGAGUCUUCCAUGCCACUGGGGGGCAGCGUUCUCAGUAGUGUUCCCAGUAGGCAGGUGACUGCUCCUCCUACCCCCUCCCACCAGGGUCACAGGUGGGCCGGUAACGGGGCUGCAAGUGUCCCCUCAUCAGUGUCCUGCCCUGUGUCCCUUCGUCCAUCCAGAACAUCCACAGGACGCCUGGAGGAAGAUGGAGUAGAUGACACUCGGCCAUUUAUCACCCCAGACUCAGAGCGCGUGCGGGGCAGGGCCGGAAAGCCUGCAGGGUCACGGAGCUACCUGGAAGUGAGCCGACAUGACGACUCUGCAAGUGUGAGCAGUGAAAUUAUUGACCUAUGAACCAAACCUUGGACAUGUGGACCAGCGACCAUGCAAACACACCCAUUUCACAAGUACUCUUCCUACAACUUAUGCUAAAAGCAUCAACAAAUGUUUGAAAAAUAACUGAACUGCCUGAUUAUUAUUAAUUAUUUUUAGAGGAGGGAAAAUAUUAAAAAGCAUUUCUGGGUGAUGAACUUAAAUGAAUAUCACCUAGCUGCCUUUUACCUUGUUAAGAGGGUUUAACAGCUGUGUUUGUGAAACAGAUAUGGUGAAUUUUUUACUCUGGGAGUAAAACUGUGAGAUAUAACACAGAUCCACAACACACAAAGCCCUUUCACACAAUAGUGUGUCCAUCCCUUUCAUGUUCUACACCUGCAUUACACUGGCAUAACUUUAAAUACACUGGGACCAUACAUACAUACAUUUUAUCCAGCCCUAGAGGCGGCUCCACAGCAGGUCCCUGCUUGUGAUUGGUUAAGGUUUGUGAUGGCAGUGAACUUCUCUUCACCAUAAAUGAUGGAAUAAAUAACACAGGUUCAGACCAUCUGUUCCAUAAGUGGAAGAAGUUCACAGAGCCACUGAGGUUGAAUAUGUAAAGAUGAAAGUGGCUCCAGGUCACAUCCCUAUCAUUUCUGUGAAACAACGUCUUUGUAUCAAUAAUAGUGGUUUUUAUUGCUUUAAUAGAGCUUGUUUACUGUCUUACAUAUUUGACAUUUCAAUUUGCAUACAUUUGUAAAUGUGCCAUACGUGACCUUGUUUUUGUGCUUUUGUGUUUUGUUUUUUAACUCCUUAGAAUUUCUUCUUGGUUUCUUAGUGACUCAGCAAUUGAAGACUUCUUCUAAGCUCUUAACAUGCUGCUGCUGUUGUCCCAUCUGCCUUGUAUGUUAAUGUGAAGCUGAUUACAUAAAGAGGCAGGCAGUAAACAAUAGCCACAGACACCACUGACGUGCAGACAGCAUGCUCACAUGUGAACAGUUCACUUUUUUGCUGUAGCUGAAAUGAUCAGUUUAAGGGUCAAGCAUUUAACAGCAAUCUUAAUGCAAUUCAUCUUGUUCUUUUGCUGUUGGACAAAGCUUUGCGAUCAAUAAUUACAGUAUGUCUUUUAAAGCCUGAGACUGCAUUUUUUACUGAAAUUGGCAUAGAAUAUUAAAUGUAUUCAUGAUCUGUUGCGUUCAAUCAAUUUAAGCAAUUUUUUCUCCUAUAUAGUUAAAUGCUGCACAGCUUUGCAGGGCUGCAUCGCAAAAGACUGGCUUGGCAUGAACCUCACAACUCUUACUCUAGACCUAACCUAAUAAAAGCACUUAACUGUAAGCCUGAGCACUAGACUGAAGUAUUUUACUACACAAAAGGAAAUAUCUUUAAAGUAUAUGAAACAUAAGCAACAAUGUAAAUACUGUUAUUUUUGACGUGAACGAAGACGUACUCAAAACAUAGUCGUAGUCAUUACUGUGAAAGACAAUCUAAAGUGGUUUUGCUUAGGUGUCUGAACUGUGUAGUUAUGUGAUUUUGACAUGAGAUUGUGGCCUGUUUAGAACAUGCAAAUCUGAGACUGAGAGGGUUAAUACUUACCUGCAGAGGUCAUGUCAAAGACUUUAUGGGCUGUGCUCAGGAUUGUAUUAAUGGAGAUUCUGAACUUCAUUACUGAGGAAUGAGGUCUGCAAGGUUUUGGUGACUUCUUUCUUUUUGCUGUCUUUGAGUGAUAACAAUGGUAUAAAUAAAAAUCAGACAACACACUUCAAAUAGAACCAUAUUUAGCUCUUAAUUCAACAUGAAUCUGUUUGGUGAUCCUGACAUAGUUUCUCAGUCUUACAUUUAAGAAGUUUUGCUCCAAAAUGACAUAUCCAUUAUUUAAAAAAAAAAAAAAAAGGCUGGCAGCCAUUAUAGAAUUAUAGGCCUUUGCUAUGAAGUAAUGAAUGAUGUACAGUAUUUUAACUAGUAGUAUUUUCCAAAGUGGAUAUAAACAUUAUUUUGGAAUAAAACUUAACUCAUGGCUCUGUUCCUUAUGUGAGCCGUUCUGUGUUUUACAGAAUACGUUGUUUUUCCGGUUACCUCAGGGUGACUUGCAGUACCUCCCAGUGAUGUGCGCUGCUUGAAUUGUUUAGUAUUUGCAGUAUAAUGGCCUUGUGUUGUUGUCUACAUUCCAAUGAACCCAAAAAUACUUUCCUAUAUCAGCUGUUGCUGUAACUUCUUUAACUUCAUGAGCAGGGUGGUGCCUCUUGCACCUGUAGUGAUGUCACCCCUUAAAAAGCAGUAUGUGCCAUAGAAAAUCUUGUUAAUGUGCCCCCUUUGGUCUGUAGUCACAGUGCAGAAGUACAGUGUUAGAUUUAUUCAGUUUUUUUGCUCAUGGAACUUUUUGUUCUUGUAUUUCUUGCUGCAUUUCAUGUCUGGAUUCAAAUAAAAAUAACUUGAAAUCUUA